CAGAUGGCGGUUGUAGUUCUGAUGCAGAGCCGGGCGGCGUGGAUGUCGCGCACGCGGGUCGCCGUUACUUGCUCCGGCGGUUGUCUGAGACCGAUGUCGCGCCGCCAGACAGCGGUGGCGGCGCGGGCCUCUUGGCUCCGGACACGGCCACGAGCAGCAUCCAGUGGUGGAGCAAGCCCAUCCUCGAUUCGCUCGCCGACAACAUCGAUUCCUCUCGGGCGACUCGCCGCUUCAACGUGCACAGUGUAUGCUCUGGCGUGGGCGCAGAGCUGUUCGCCAUCAAGGCCCUGGGCAUACAGACUGCGAGAGUGCCCGUGUGCGACAUCAAGAAGCACGCCAGGGAUUUCAUGAGCCAGAACCACGGCGACUUGAUCUCGUCCUGCUCCGAGUCGAUGGCUGCCUACGUGGGAGCGGUCGCCGGUCGGCCGCCGCCGGAUUGUUUGGUCGGCGGCCCGCCGUGCCAGCCGUACACCGAAGCCCGCUCCGGGCGCUUCAGCGACGACCAGGGCCCGGCGACGCAUCAUCUCUACGAUGCCAUUUUCGGCAUGGACGGCGAGACGCCGGGCGGCAGCUACUUCGAAUGCUUGAACAGGACCCGCCCGCUGGGGGCCAUCAUGGAGCAGGUCAGGGGAUUCACUCGGAAGGCCCGCGCGGCGGACCAGAGCGAGUUCGAGCGGUUUCGCAGCAUGCUGGAGCGGGAGAUUCGCGUCCCGGACGGCGAGUCGAGCAAGCCCCACUUCACAGCAGUCAAGGCCUUCAUCGUGAACGCGAACACGUGGCUCGAAAUGGACCGCCCGCGCGUGAUGGUGAUCGUGCUCUCGGACGCCCUCGGCGGGUGGGACGGCAUGGGCGAGAUCGAGUCGAUGAUGUCGGAGGUGCUGUCAUGCAGGAGCAAGUUCCCGCCCCACUCGGUGAGCGAGCUCUUCCGGCACUGGAGCAGGCCCCAGGCGGAUGGCCACGUAAUCCAGGAGCUCGGUGGACAGGGGCCCGGCGACGGGGCGCGAGCGAUCGGCAAAUAG